CCUGUGCACAUCACAGACACACCUGCAGUUGAUGCUGGACCCUGGCCUGCUGUUUGUCUCCAUGUUUCAUGCAAUUGAUAAUUCUUAAAUCUUUGGCUGAAUGGAGAAGUGGAAAAACCUCAGACAGAAGUUUUUCUUCCUCUCCAUUGGUAUCUUCAUCUUCGUGGUUGUGGUUGUCCUUUUCCCUGGACCAGAUGAUGCCAUCCCAAACCCGAUCCGAAACCUGCGUCGGAGUCCAAACUCUUGCCCCCUGGAGACAUCUGACAAGACUAUUACCCCCCUCAAGAAUACUAAACAGUUGGUGUCAGCCUACAUGGACCAAAGGGUGAAAGGUUUCGAUAUACGCAUCAUUAGCAUAUUCAGAAGAGACUCCAUCCAACCCCUUCAGUGUCUUUUCUGCUGUGCAGGCCAGGUAUCAAAUACAACAACUCCAGCAAAAAUUAAAGAACACUCAGACAACUUUGGAUUUCCCUUUGCCACUGCGGAUGUCAUGUGUCAGAUUCCUCAAACCUGCAGAGCUUCCCAUCUCCGUCUUCUGACUCAGCUAGAUAGUGUGAAGGUAUCUUCACAGAUUUGGCUCCCUAUAAGAAACCAGAAGACCAAAGGAAAGACAGAAGAACUGCAGUAUAACUUUACAGUUUGCAUCUCCAACCUGUUUGAAUCCAACAAUGCACUUCAGUAUGCACAGACCCUGGAGAUGUACAGAUUGCUGGGUGUGGACAGAGUGGUGAUCUAUAACACCAGCUGUGGCCCAGACCUCGACCGCCUGUUGCAGAGCUACAGCAAGGAGGGCUUUGUGGAGAUGGUUUCUUGGCCCAUCACCCGGUAUAUUAACCCCUCUCAUGGCUUCUGGAAGUAUGGAGGGGAUAUGUACUAUUUUGGCCAGUUAGCCACACUUAAUGAGUGCAUUUACAGAUCCAUGGACCGGUCACACUAUGUCCUGUUGCAUGACAUUGAUGAGAUUAUAAUGCCAUACCAACACAACAGCCUAAAACCUCUCAUGGACAUACUCCAGCAGCAGCACCCAAAAGUUGGGGUGUUUCUUGUUGAAAAUCAUAUCUAUCCCAAGAAACCCUAUGAGGAAAGUAAAAGUGGUCCCCUGCCUAAAUGGAGAGGGGUGCCAGGCUUUAAUAUUCUCGAGCACAUCUAUAAGUGGGAGCCCGACAGGAAGGCAGAGUACCAUCCGUACAAGCUGAUUGUUCAGCCAAGGAUGGUGGAGCAGACUUCGGUGCAUUUAGUGCUUGAGAAGUUUGGAGAGGAGUUCAAGAUUCCACCCGAGUUGUGUCAUAUUAUUCACGCUCCACUGAGCACUCCUACUAUUCAGCCACUGGAGAAGAUCCAACUGGACACCCGUCUGUGGGAUUUCAAUGACAAGCUGAUCCCAAAUGUGAACAAUGUGCUGAGGAGAGCUGGGCUGUUGCGCUCAGAGAGGAAGGCCUGAUGGAGGGAUGGAGAAACACAAAGAGGGAUGAAGAACACUGCAUUGCACAUAUGUAUUUAUCAGUUAUCUCUGCAAUAUCUUUAGCCAUGCAAGCAGCUUAGUUCUACAGAUGGCAAUGGUCCAGACUGAAAUUUCUCAGGCUAUUGCGUAGAUUGCCAUGAAAUUUGGUGCAGACAUUUAUUCUCCCCAGAGGAUGAAUUCUGCUAACUUUGGUGAUCUCCUGACUGUUGUUCUAGUGCCAUCAUCACGUCACAUUUUUAAUUUGACUUCAACAUCACUUCAGUUUAUGAAUAAAUAGUUAGAAAAAGGACAUCAACCUCAGCUGUACUUUUGUGGUUAGUGCUAUUUAGAAAGUUUAGUGUUAAAACACUAAUGUGGUGAACACCUGUCAACAUGGUUAUCUUGUUAAAAUGCUGACAUUUAGCACAAAGCAUUUCCGUGCCUAACUACAGCCUCACAGAGCCACUAGCAUAGCUGUAGACUCUUGUCUUAUCUAAUUUUUAGCUAGUUCAAGCUCAAGCAGACAACAUUGUUGGAACCUCAGGCUUUUCUGUCACACAGAGAUUAUCUUGGUGUAAUUAUCUAAACCUACCUUAACCUGUUUUAUCUUUCUGCUAUCAUUGCAGCCAGUGCCGCUUCACUCCUCCAACAUUCCACCACCAUUGUCAAGGCCCUUGUGGAUCUCUGUCUGGCUCCUAUGUGGUAUAUUUGCUAUAAAUGUGUAGAAUUGACAGGAUUGAUUAUGGUUGAAAUAAAUUAAAAAACUAAUGUC